UAAUUAUGUACAAGUGAUUUCUAAAAUCAAAAUAUAUACGCAAGCAAAAUUUUAGUCAAGAUUACAAGGAAAAUACAAAUAUGUCUGUCAAGAAGGGUUCUGCAGUGGUGAUCAAGCCGUACUACGACGGUCUGCUGUUAUCAGGAAUGCAGGAUGUGGCAGGUGACGGCUUGUCAGUGUUGUCCAUCAAAGAAAAGCAUAACAACUGUCGCUUUACUGAAGAUCCCGAGUCUAAGUGUCCUGUCAUCAGCUGUGCCCGAGGUCUUAAGGCUCGGAACUCAUUCUGGAAUCUCCUCAAACCAGACCUGAGGAAAGUGAGAGGACUGGAGUGUUCCACGACAGAGAGUGUAGCUCACAUGUUCCAUAAACACAACUUGAAAAAUGCUGCAAAACCUUCAUACAAAAGGAGAGUAUUGAGAUUACUGGAGUCACUGGUGUCUAACAAGCCAAAAUCUCAGCAAAGACCUCAAUCUCUGGUGCAGAAUGAGGCAGCAUCUUGGCCAAUAAAUAAAAGUGUGCUUGCCAGCAUAUGCCAAGAGAAAGAAAUGAAAUCAAAUGGAAUAUUUCAGUUUGCAGCAGAAAGUUCAAGCAACAACCAUAGUAUAACAGAGAACCAGAGUAGCAAGAGCAGGGCUAGUACAGAUCUUGUGGACAAUACUACUGAUUAUAUAACUGGAAAAGAAACUUGCACAUACACAAUGGAAACUUCAAAGUUUGACUUUGCAGCUUUGGAAACACAAAAAAGUGAGGUUUGGACCAAUGUUGAACAAUUAUCUGGUGCUAUUGGCGUACAGACAUACAAUGUGGCAUCUCCACAUCUAGCGUUUGAUCGAAUUGCAGAUUUAGUUCAGGAAGUAAGUAAUACACCAUCACAUCAGGUCUUCCAUCCAUGUUCCAAAGAAAGUAGUCACACAAAGUUGGAAAAUGAAUGCGACGAAACAACCGAAAUUAAAGAGGGCGAACUAGUUUCACCAUUGAUUGACUAUUCAAACAGGCCAAGCACAACUAAACCAUUAGUCGACUCAGAGGAUGACUCUCGACAAUUACAAGAUUUGGAAACUUGUGAAAACUCGUCAUCGAAGAUGGUACAGUCAAUAUUUGUGGAAAUGUUCAAAGAAAUGCAAGAUAUAGAAGACUAUAUCAAUUCGUACAUAUCCUCUUUUUGUCCUCUUGAAGAAGAAUUUGAAAACCACCCAGUGCUAGACGUGCCAUCAGAGCGAGCCUUGCAUUUCCUUGAACAGGUUCAUAGUCCUACCAAAGUCACAACAUCACAUGAUAAGAACAAUGUGCUACACUCAAAAAAUUAUCGAGACAAAAAUCGUGAGUUAUGUAGGCUAGAAAUAAAACAACAUGCAAAACUACAUGAACAUUUAGAGCCAGUGUCUUCAGAAAUGAGUGAGUGUUCAUGUAUUUUUGCCAAAGAUGGAAUGAAGAAUGAAAUGGAACAAUUAGAAACUGUAACAUCAAACGAAAUAUCAAACAAGAUUAAUGAAACUGGUUGUGUAUUGUAUCCUGAAAGCUGUAGCACACCAUAUGAAUCUGAUGACAAGCAAAAUGGGUACUGCUAUUGGGAAGACAUUGAGACGUAUGAUUUAAAAGGCGAAUCAGAAGUUUUAGUAUCAGAGAUACAGUUGCCAAUAGGUAAUACGUCAUUGAUCAAUGUGGAAUUUUUUGAAAAUAUAUGGAAAGAAAUAACGGACAGUAUUGAUAAAGAUAUUGCAUACAGGCAUGAAGAAAGAUUGGCUUCCCUUUUACCUAGAGAUAAAAUGUUCAUUCAGGAAAUCCAAUCCACAGAACCUUUAGAUCGGAUUUUGAUGGAAGAAGCUGAAAAUAUAAAACACACAAUUGAUAAUUUCAUAACAAAUGAGUGUUUUCCUUGCCAAAACAACGAUAACUACCCUGAUUGUUCCAUAUUAGAAAUUAACAAUGAAAACUUCGAUAGUGUUUUUCUGAGGGAAAGUCCUAAUAGUUCUCAAAGUCUAAAAUCACUACCAAAUGAAGAAGUUUUAAGAGAAUCUCAGGCCGAAUGUAAAGUAUCAGAAACCGAAUUCCAAGUGUUUCGUUACUUUCAACAUUUAUCAGAUAAUACUAGUAAUUUAUCUUUGUUUCCAGAAGAUGAACUGAAGGAUGGUGAAAAUAUUUCACUAAGCGAUUUAAGAAAAAGAAAUACAGGAAUUACAGGAAACAUAAGUGAGGAUAAUCUUACUGACAAUGAAGAAUAUUAUUUUAACGCCAGUAAUAUAUCUUCAAUUUCCAUAAUUGAAAUUGUAGAUACUGAGACUAAAAAAAAGGUUCCACAAACGAACGUGUCUGUUCCUGGUUUUUCAGGUGACGCAAAAAGCAGUGUAGAGCCAAUUCCAUUACUUAAUGAAAUAAAAAUUGAGUUGGCGCCUUCAUUCAGUGAUUUGACUUUUGAUGUGGUCUCAGUUGGUGGUGUAAAAAUAAAACAGGAGAUACCAAGUGACCUGAAUUUAGAAAUAUGUGAUUCUAUAAAAAAUAGUACACUAAGUCCCUCUAACCAUGAUCCAGAUAUUGUAAUCAAACUUGAGAAUGUAGUUGAUGAAAUUGAUGAAGUAACAAAUAAUACUAAUACACUAAAACAACAAAAAAUAAAUGAAGAUAGUUUAUUUGAAGAUGCAAAUUUCCAAAAGUGUUUUAGUUAAUAAUUCCAACGAAACUGUUUUUACUGAUUUUUGUUUAGUCAAAGGGAACGAAGUUUUAAGCACCAAUAAAGCUCCAGAAAAUGAGAGUUCAAAAUCAGAAUCUCAAGACAACAGCGUAGACAGAUCAAUAUUCGUUCAGCUUCCAGAUGACGGCACUUGCCAAACAAACUCCCAAUUUAUAUUUUCCUCAAAUAAAGUGCAGUUAAACUUAACGAACCCUGUAUUAAAUGUCAACAAAAAGUAGAUAAGCUAAUAACAUUACAUUGUUAAUAAAUGCAUUAUAAGACUGUAUUUUAUUAUA